AUGGCUAUUCAUUACGUUGAACCGAAUGGCUCUGCGCCUAGUAUCUCUAGGCAUAGUACCCCGGAGCCUGCUAUCCCAAAGCAAGAUAUCCACGAACAUACAGCUUCUGAAUCUAGUGUCACCGGAUCUAGUAGCUCGAAGCCUAGUACCCCAGAGCAACCUGAUACGAAGCCAGUCAAGCUAGUUACAGUUGAGCCAGUCGAGAUAGUUACAGUCGAGCCAGUCGAGCCAGCCAAGUCAGAUAAGCCAACCAAGGCAGCCAAAGCAGCCAAGGAAGCCAAUCCAGAGGAGGAAGAGAAGCCAGUAUACCUGCCGCGUGCGGACCGAAUGAAUCAAACGCCAACCAAGGGAAAUGCACAGGGCCUCUUUCUUCCUGAUUGUUGUGUUUUUGUGGGAAACCUCUCUAUCAAAGUUUCUCUUGAAAAGUUGGAAGAAGAUCUUACGGACAUGAUCUCUACAUUUGGCCGGUGUCAUGUCAAGAUCAAACUGUCACAGGGGUUGAAGAAGCUACCUGUUGCAUUUGUACAGUUUGAAGACAUCAUAGCAGCAAAUUCGGCAUUGAAACAAAAUGGAAACCUGAUGCUCCAUAAUCGGGUGUUGAGAUUGGAAUCAUCUAGGGCUAGACGAACUGCCCACUUCGGUUAUCUCACUGACAAACCCAUCGAUAAAUCGAUCAUUGUCGAUGCCUUGAAGGGACUUGGUAGUCUCGAAGGCAUAACUAUUGAAAACUUUGUUAACCCAGAAGGUGUCGAUUCUACAUUUGGGGUUGUCACUUUCGCAUACCCUGACGAUUACGCAGAUGCCCUUCAGCAUUUUCAAAACCAUCCCGAGUAUUAUAUGACCAGACCCGCCAUGGACCCCAACGACAACCAGCUUCCCCAUGAUUACCCUGCUCCGGGACAUAGGCCUUCUAACCAGCCUCCCCCAAACCGUGGCAAUGGGAAUCAGCAGCGGUACAACAAUGGCCGCAGAUCUUUCCACCGUCCAUGGUACAGCGGCAGCAACAACAACAACAGAGGUGGAUUUCGAAAUCCUCCCGGUGCUGCCCCGAGACACCAAAACACACCCUUUGCAAAUCAUGGUCACAGUCAAAGCUUCAAUGGCCAAGGCCAUUCACCUCGCGGUUCUUUCUCUCAGAACUACCCCGGUGGCAACGGUUUCCCACAUAACAACUUCAACCAGGGCUAUCCUAACCCUAACUAUCAAAACUUCCAUGGCAACAACUUCCCCCCGAACUAUCCCAAUCAGAACUUCAUAGCUGCGGGUGCCUUUCCCAAUCCUCCUGUCAUGUUCAACCAAAUUCACAUGCAUGAUGGCCCACCCCCACCAUAUCAUACUGAUUACACUGCUAUGCCACCCCCAGGAUUUCCUGUGUUCUUGGGCAAUCAACCCUACCAGCAUUCCAAUCCACUUCCUCCGAUUGUUGCUCAGCCUCAGCCUCAGCCUGUUGCUGGUCCUGUUCCCGGCCGCCGGCGAUUGCCCCCUCGUCCCGACUGUCCUUUGAUCGUCUCCAGCCAGCCCCAAUUUGACACCGAACAUCACCGGCAGCUCUACUACGAACCCUACCCUGCUGAUGAAACCUUCGCGAAUAUGCAGUCAAGCUGGGUCGGUCCAGGUAUUUGUUUCGUGCAGCCUGACUACACCCAGCCCUACCCGCCCAACGCAUAUCCUCCUAGUCGUCAGUCUAGUAUGGAAAGUCAGCAGCACAACAACUCGCCGCCUACAGUCGACGAAUCCGAAUCAACCUUGGUACAAACUAAAGUUCAGACUCCUGAGACUGAGAGGGGUCGCCAGCUAGUUCGGCCAUGCCACCCCAACACUGAUGGAGGCUCUGACAUGGCUUCAAUGUCUGCUCCGGUGUCUGCUCCUGCUAAGACCCAGAGUGAACCCAUUUCUAUACAAGCUCUGGAUAGCUUGCAGGAAAGAAUCAACAUGUUAGGGGCGAGCAAGUCUGCUGAUACUCAGCCUGGGCCCAGUGUACCUGUGAAAGAGCUUAUUGAGUCUCAGAACCAACUCACUGAGCCUGAUAAUGAGCCCAGCCUGCCUCAAACUGAAUCUGCCUGUGACAAAACCCAUAAUGAAAAGAAUGAAGAAAUGAUGAAUGAAACCGAGCCAUCAUUGGGAAUUGACACUAAGAAUGAAGAAAGCGGCGGGUCAUACUCCGAGACUGGCCCUAAGACUCCAGACACGGAUGUGUCUCGGGAAGGCGCUAAACUUCAGACUCCAGCCCAAGCCGAUUCACUGAAAUCCGCCGAUACAAAGACCCCUGAUACGACUGAAACCCUUAAGCCAGUCGAUAAGACCACUCCAAACAAAAGCAAGUCCCCGGAAAUGACCACAGCCACACCAACCAAGAGUGGCAGCAAAAGACUCGAGCCCGCAGUGCCAGACAACAAACAUCUACUGGCCCGUCAUGCUUUCCAGCAUCGCAAACCCCUCAAGAAAAAGUACCAACCUAAGACCGACACCGGCAAAACAGUUGAACAGUACACCCGUGAGAUAAAUGCACAGCGUGCCUCGAUUGACCCUGACUUGCGCGUCCCUGAACAUCUCUUGCAGGAAGUCAUCCAAGAACUAGAGAGUGAGCGCAGAGAUAAUAUACGGAAGAGCCAAGGUCUUGGUCCCAGUGAUAAGAGCAGCGUCAACAGUGGUACUUCGAAGAAGUAG